CGAAUCCCCCUACUCAAAGUGUUCCUGUUGUCCCUAAGGCUGUUGUACCUUCUCAGACAUCGACUGGAACACCUCCUGUCCCCAACAUUCCUGCAACAAGUAUUCCAGCUCCAAUCUGUUUGACCUCUGCAAGCCCUGAGCCAAAGAUUCCCGAGCCAAAGAUUCCUGAACCAGCCAUCCCAACAUCAAUCAUUCCCUCUCAAGCUGUUCCUAAAUCAAAGCCAGAAAGCUCUAUUUCAACUCUUCCUGACACUGAACCUCUUAAACCAAAUAUACAUAUGCUCAGUUUAUCAGAAGUAUUUCCUCCUCCUGAAGGAAGUCCACCUCCAGAAUUCACUGAUAUUCCACCCCCUGUUUUUGAUGAAGACUUUCCAGAUGGAGACUUUUCUGAGCAAGCUAUACCCACUCCAGCAAUACGUACAUCUUUCACCCCAGUUCCCACAAGUCCAGUUAUCUCCAGGUCCCCUGCCCCAUCCACCCCUCCAGCAGUAUCUCCAGGGCCCUUGGUGAAUCAUUUAGAAUAUACACCUGGUCCAGUCUCAAGCCCUCCUCCAGAAGUUCAUACUCCUACUGCACCUAUAGACGUGUUACUGGAGAAUACAAAACCUAUUAACCCAGAGAGGUCUAAAGAGGACCAGUCCUCAACCAAGCCACUUUCAGCCCUCUCAGCCUUGGCAAGAGCAGAGGAGAUGGCCUCUGUAAAAAGGUCACCACAGGAUAGCCGUAUAUUUAACCUUCUGGAAAGGGCCAAGAGAAAGUCCACAGUGAGUCCACUGGGUACCACACCUGAAAAUACAUUUAUACCUGAAAAUACAACCCUAGUUGAGACAGCUACACCCGAGAUACCUCUGCCUGAAACUCUCACACCUCUGCCUGAGACUGCCACAACUGAGGUGACCCAACCUAAUCUAGCUCCACCUGAAAAAGCCUCACCACAACUUGCCACAACUUUAGAAACAUUGCCUGAGGAAGCCCCACCUGUACCAGAAGUAUUUGAUAUCCCUAACCUCCCUCCAGUUGACUAUGUGGAUCAUACUCUGUUGCCACCUAAAACCCACCUACCUGAAACUGCUGAGGUUAAUGGCUUUGAUCACAGGGUGGUUACAGUGGUCAAACCAGUGAAUCCUCCUCCCCCGCCGCCCAGAAGGACUCCCAUUGUGGAUCCCCCACUUGAGAAACCAACUCAGUCUUCUGCCAGAUACUUCCAGAUUCCCACAAUACCAUCUGACUCUCUAGAAACACAUGAAGAGUCACUAUACGACAACUCAUUCGAGAGUUAUGAAGAUGUUGAGGAACCUGAGGCUCCAGCACUUUCAUCCUUUAGGCCUCCAUCAGUACCAUCAUCAGCUUCAAGUACCAAAAGGCCGGUUUCAGUUCAUGAGGAAGCCUUCCUGAAACAGUUGAGGCCAAAACAACAGUUGAAAGAUGAUGUGUUUCCGAACAUGGAUAGAGAUGUGGAUUAUGGGUCUAUGAACUCUGGCUCUCCAUAUCCAGAAACUCAAACUGUAGUACAUCAGGACUCAGUGCGAAGCUCACCUGCCUUGACUCCAUCAGGGACCCUUGAAAGAGGUGACAAUGUCUUUGAAGAUCAAUCAGACAGUAAAAAAGGCAAAACAGCAAAGACUAAGAAACAGAAAGGGCCUCCAAAGAAUCCAUAUGCUGAUACACCGGCAGUGGUGGAGGAGGCUCCCAAGAAAAGCUUGUUCGCCAGGAAGAACUCAAGAAAAGUGGCAGAUGACAAAGAAUUAAAGAAAAAAGAGAAACAGCGAGAAAAGGAAAAAGAGAAAGAGAAGGAACGAGAAAAAAAGGAGCAGAAAGAAAAAGAAAAGAAAGAAAAUGAAAUGAGGAAAAAAUUUAAGAUCACAGGCCAGGAAGAGCCCAUUUAUCAUGUUAAAGUGAUCGAGGACUGUAAGGGCCGUAAAAACGACCUACCGGUGAAGGUUGGAGACACCGUGAGCAUCAUCCGCACCAACAGCUGCCCUAAAGGAAAAUGGCUGGCAAAGGACAGCAACAACAAAUACGGCUAUGUUCCGGUGGAGGGUGUGGAUUUGAACAUCAAUGGCAUUAUGGAGCUGGGGAAGAUGACAACAGCAUCUAACAGAUCCAGAGGCAAUGGACACAAGGACCCAGAGGCCACCAGUACAGGCAGCAGGACCUCAGAGCAUUAUGGCAUGAACCAUGAGAGCU